GGCUAAUCCGCUACGCAUAGCGCACUAGCGCAUUGUUGCAUUCGUUGCAUUGUAAACCGUUUCUAAGCUUUGUUACCAAAAUGUGCAGUCUGCCAUAAAGCUGCGAUAUCGAAACCGAAAAUGCUGUCUCGGAAGAAUAAAGACUUGCGCACUAUUAAAGAAGGCGUCGUCGGAAAAUAUGUAAAAAAAGAGACUCCUCCUGAAAUGCCUAUUAUUAAUGUAUGGACAACCGAACCUAACAGAAGGACACGAAGGCGCAAUGAUCAAUCUGCGAUUCCAGCUACUAUGCCAGUUCCACAACAACCUAGCAUGGUUCAAAAAUUUGGUAAUACAAAGACAACGAUGAGUGCAGUCGGACUAGGCAAUCAUGAAGGAAAAUAUACACCAAACAGCUCGGUUCCAGAUCUGGCUCAAAGGUUUGCAAGCCUGUCAGUUAAUACCGGGUCAAGUGAUGGAACAAGUUUACGAACAACGACACCUAUGUAUCAUCCAGGACUUUCGCCAGCAAUGUCCCAUACAUAUGUUAAUCAAUAUGCAGGAUCUGAAUAUCAUCUAGAUAGAGUCCAAACACCACAAUUGCCUUACAUGCCUUUUGAAGUCGAUGCUAAUUAUGAGGAUUACAAUCAUUCGUCGUACCAUCAGAAUGCAGGGUACUGUAGAAGUCAUUCAGAAAGCUCAAGUUCGAGAAGCGAGCAACAGGAAGAAUUGCCCUUACCUCCUGGUUGGUCGGUUGAUUUCACGCUUCGAGGUAGAAAAUAUUACAUUGACCAUAAUACCAAGACUACGCAUUGGUCACAUCCCCUGGAAAAGGAAGGCUUACCAACUGGAUGGGAGCGAAUAGAAUCACCAGAAUAUGGGGUUUAUUAUGUGAAUCACAUUACGAGGCAGGCGCAAUAUGAACAUCCAUGUUAUCCAUUGGAAAUGCAGGCUGUACGUGUGGUUUCACCUCCGAGACACACGCAAUUCCAUUCGCAUAGUGUUUUGGUUCCAGCUAAUCCGUAUCUAAACGAAGAAAUUCCUCACUGGUUGUACGUGUACAGCCGAGCAUCGGUUGCUCUGGACCGUAAACUGCGAUGGGAACUAUUUCGAUUACCUGAAUUAGACUGCUUCAAUGCUAUGCUCACGAGACUUUAUAAGCAAGAAUUGGAAGAAGUGGUUAUGCGAUAUGAAGAAUAUAGGUCUGCUCUUUUAUGUGAAAUGGAGCAACGGUUAAAGGAGUUGAACCCAGAAUCAACCAGCUCCAACUCGGCAGUCGCUCUGAGACGGUCGCUUCCCUGAACACGGUAACAUGAUCGUUACUAAACCAACUCGUGGGCAAGUUUGACACGGAUUUCAUUAAAUCCAUACGCUUCAUUGAUGUGCCCUGCCCGCUGUUAUUAUACAAGUUGACUCAAGACUUGAGAAAAUCUAUUUUAUAUCACAUCUUGUUAUAUACUAUAUUUUGUGAAUAUAGCAUUUGCAAACUGCAAACUGAAAGUAUUAAAACUAUGUAUACAUUAAAGCGAUGUGCUCUCUGUUUCGGUAA